AUGGCGGCCGCCCUGACAAACCUCCCACCGGAGAUAUUACACAACAUCCUCAGCUAUGUUGAACCCGAAGACCUCACUUGGCUUCCUCUCACAUGCCGCGUCUUCAACAAUUUCAUCAAGGGCAACAACCCUCUUUGUCGGGCCAUCUAUCUGCGCGUCCUGGACGAGCCCCCAGUAAAAGACCUCGACUUUGAGCAGGAGCUGCACGACAUCCUCAAGCUCAAGCAGCUCUGCGUGCCCGAAACCAGCCGCAGCACCACCACGCCCUCAACCCAGGCCCCCCUCCAAACCCACCUCCCCUUCGUCCACCGCACCGUCACCCGCCUCCUCAACCACGCCAUCACCGUCCCCACCCCCAACCCCACCACCACCAGCAAAUCCCCCAACAGCCACAACCAACCUCCCUCCCCAACCCGCAAAUCCCGCGCGCGCACCUUCCCAGCCUCGGAAAACACCCGCUUUCUCGAGUCGCUCUUUGAAUCGGAGCCAGCGCGCCGCGCGUUUUUGGCUCGCUCGGCUCUGUAUCAGCGGGAGCGGGCGUUGGGGGUGUGCGGGUUUACGGGGGAGGAGGAUGGCGAAGAUGGUGAGAGUGAGGGGGUGGGGGGUAAUGAGGGGGAUGGUGUUUUUGCAGAGGGGGGUGUAGAGGGGAGUGGGGGUGGGAAUGGGAGUUCGAGUGGGGGUGGGAGGGCCAGUGGGAGGAGUAGGGGGGCCGUGACCCAGGAAUCGCGCGAGGUGUUUCAGAUGAGCGCGAAGCUGCAUUGCCUGUAUGGCUGGGGGUUGGGAUUUGAGGAUGGCGUGCGGCAUGGCCAGACCGAGGGCGCUGCGUGGCGGGGGAGGCUGACCUUUGCGCGCCAUAGGGGCGGCGUGUACCCGCUCGCGUGCUCCAAGGUGUAUGACCUGAGGGAGUACACGAGGGGCACGAAGUGGGGGCCGUUUUUGGACCUCGGUGAAGAGGAGGAUGCGGAGGUGCGCGUCGACUGGGAAAAGGUGGAGGCCAUUCUGGUGGUGCUGGGCGGCAAUAUCAGGUGUAAGGGGCUAGAGCGGUUUCCCAUCUUUUGGCAUUUCUGGGGGAAGCCGUUUGCCGGGAGCUGGAACGGGAGUUAUAUCCCCUGGUCGAGAGAUAGGGAGAAGGGAGAGGAAUUGGAGGUGAAGGAGCUGGACCGGCUGGACCCGUACGGGGUUGCGGGGAGCUGGCUGAGGGUCGUGAGUUUCCUGGACUUCAGCGACUUCUUCCACUUCAACUUCCCCAUCAUCGACAGCCUGCCGCGCGACCUGCCACGGCCGCCCCUCGACGUCGGCCAGGCGACGCGGCUCAUCCUGAUGCGCAUUCGCGUGUCCAAGGUCGAGCCGGCGGGGCCCGGCGACCACCCGGACCACCCCGUCACGCACUUCACGGGCUUCUCGCGUGCGCUCGACGGGUCGUGGGACGACAACGCCGACGCUAGCAUCCGCGGCACCGUCCGCGUCACCCCGGAGGGCGAGGUCCGCUGGACGUCGUACUCGGUCUUCCACGGCGAGGAGCGCUGGAAGAGCGAGGGCGUCCAGAUCGGCGGCAUCAAGUCCGCCCGGGGCGUGGUGGGGACCUGGUUUGAUAAGGAUUUCAACGCGCAAGGGCCUUGUGGGCCGACGGCGUUUUGGAAGAUUUCGGACCGAGAGGACACGGGCGACGGGCCGCAGGUUUUGUUGGAGGAUCUCUUUCCGCUUACUGACGACAUGGAGGAGGAGCUCAUGGACGAGGACGAUGACGCGCGGGACGAGUUCAACCUGCAGGUGCUGGACCCCUUCGGGCCGGACUGGACCACGUAUGAGCUGGAGGACGACCUGGACGGGCUAUACUAUUUCGACGACGAAGAUAUCUUUGACGUGGAGGACGUGGCGGCCGAGAUGCAUGGGUUGGGAGAGGAGCGGGAUGACGAGGACCUGGACGAGGACGAAGACGACUAUGAUGAUGAUUUCGUUGAUACUCUGACGUAUGGCUAG